CCAGUAGCAAGGCAGUGCGCAUGCGCUGUCCGUCGCUGCUGAGCCUGUGACUGACUGACUGGAAAGUUUUUCUCACUGUUAUUUUUUGUCGCAGCUAUCAGUCGGCAAUGUCUCGCACUGUGGAAGACGGGUUUUUUAAGGAAACGUAACUGGUGAUAGGGCUAGCUAGUAGAGCGACGGACAUGGCCGUAGAAGCCGCUCGUUAUUGUCGAGCUGGCGAGCCGUGGGUCUGGGGUCAGUUUUUACCGAAGCUGAAUGGAGUUGCUUCCAUCGGAGGCUGUGGGCUAAGCUAAGCUAACUGACUCUAGCAAAGCUACACCGGGGAAACUAUUUGACAUGUAGAGGACACCUUCCACACCUGGAUUGGCUUCAUCGAUCACCAUGUCUGACCAAAACCAUUACUGGACGGUGCUGCCGAGCUACAAAACUAGUUUUGUAACCGGGGCCAUGAUGAAGAGAUCCAGAGGUGCCCGUAACAACAAGAGAAGGAGUUUGGCGGUCGGGACCCCUUCGCCCACACUCUCACGACCGCUUUCACCUCUCCCACUUGCCACAGCUGGUAGCAGCCCUUCAGAAAGUCCUAGAAAUGUGUCUGCCAGCAGCUCUGCCAACUUCCAGUUCGCCCGCAGCCAUCUGGCCCGCAGUGAGAGAGGCGAUGGUCGUCGAUGGUCUGUGGCGUCAGUUCCGUCGUCUGGAUACUGCACCAAUGCACCCAGUUCAUCAGUAUCUUCGUCUUCUUCCCAGGAGCUCUUGCACCAGUUGCCCCUGCAGCCUACACAAGAUGAUCUCCACUUCCUGUUCAAACAUUUCCGGAGCACAGAAAGCGUGGCUGAUGAAGAAGGAACACACCCUUCACCCCCCGUCAGGCUUCGCUCUCGCAGUCUCAGCCCUGGACGUACGUGCGGAACAUUUGACAAUGAGAUUGUCAUGAUGAAUCAUGUCUAUAAAGAGCGUUUCCCCAAGGCGACCGCGCAGAUGGAGGGUCGACUUCUGGACAUUAUUGAAGAGUGUUCCCCAGAAACGGCUCUCCCUCUGGCUGACGGUGUCCUCGGGUUCAUCCAGCACCAGCUGGUGGAGCUGGCCCGAGAUUGUCUGGACAAGUCCCAGAAAGGCUUGGUCACCUCCAGGUACUUUGUGGAGCUGCAGGAGAAACUGGAGAAGCUUCUGCAUGAGGCUUACGAGCGCUCCGAGAGCGAAGAAGUCGCCAUCAUAACAAAACUGGUGAAGAAGAUCCUCAUCAUCAUCUCUAGGCCUGCCAGGCUCCUGGAAUGUCUGGAGUUUGAUCCAGAGGAGUUCUACCAGCGUUUGGAGGCCGCAGAAGGCCAAGCCAAAGUGGGCCAGGGGAUUAAGACUGAUAUUCCCAGAUACAUCGUCAGUCAGCUCGGCCUCACCAGAGAUCCUCUGGAAGAGAUGGUCCAGCUUGAGCAAACAAGCCCAAGCCACAGGUCUGCCAGCAGGGAGUCUGAUGAGUCUGGCGAGGCAACGCCAAUACAGAGCCGUGCAGUAUGCACCCCUCCUCGUAGGAAACCACUGGAGAGUGACUUCGAGACUAUCAAGCUCAUUAGCAAUGGCGCCUACGGAGCUGUAUUUCUUGUCCGUCACAAAGAAACCCGACAACGCUUUGCCAUGAAGAAGAUCAACCGGCAGAACCUGAUUUUAAGAAACCAGAUCCAGCAGGUGUUCGUAGAGCGAGACAUACUCACCUUUGCUGAAAACCCCUUUGUGGUUUCCAUGUUUUGCUCGUUUGAAACACGACGGCACCUCUGCAUGGUCAUGGAGUAUGUGGAAGGUGGGGAUUGUGCCAAUCUGUUGAAAAACAUUGGUCCUCUGCCUGUGGACAUGGCCCGCAUGUAUUUUGCAGAAACCGUCCUGGCUUUAGAGUACCUUCACAACUAUGGCAUUGUACAUCGAGACCUCAAACCUGACAAUUUGCUAAUCACCUCCAUGGGGCACAUAAAGCUGACUGACUUUGGCCUGUCAAAGAUUGGCCUCAUGAACAUGACGACUAAUCUGUAUGAAGGCCACAUUGAGAAGGACACAAGAGAGUUCAUUGACAAGCAGGUGUGUGGUACUCCAGAGUACAUCGCCCCAGAGGUGAUCCUGCGACAGGGCUAUGGGAAGCCUGUAGACUGGUGGGCUAUGGGCAUCAUUCUUUAUGAGUUCCUUGUGGGCUGUGUGCCUUUCUUUGGGGACACACCUGAACAGCUCUUUGGCCAAGUGGUCAACGAUGACAUCAUCUGGCCUGAUGGAGAGGACGCGCUGCCUGCUGAUGCCCAAGACCUGAUCACCAGACUACUUCGUCAGAGCCCACUGGAGCGCCUGGGAACAGGUGGAACUACGGAGGUGAAGGUGCACAUGUUCUUCCUGGGACUUGACUGGAAUGGGCUCCUGAGACAGAAAGCCGAGUUCAUACCACAACUGGAGACUGAGGAUGACACCAGUUAUUUUGACACACGAACGGAGCGUUACUCUCAUCUAGGCUCUGAUGAAGAUGAUGAAACUAACGACGAUGAAUCCUCUCUCGAACUGCGCCAGUUCUCCUCAGUGGCACAUCGCUUCAGCAAGGUGUACAGCAGUACCGAGCACCUGUCCACCUCCACUCCAUCCAAUCAGAGCUUAUCAUCUUCAGAGAGAAGCCACAGUGAAGAGAAGGACGAGCGAUGGGAGAGCAGAGGAGCCUUUUCCCCUGGUGACGGACACAAACAUCUGGCUAGUGGAGACAGAACAGAUGGACUCAGGGGGAGUUUGCGUCCUCGUGCUUCAUCCAGUUCCUCCCAGUCAGAGCGCAGUGCUAGCCCGCUGGUAUUGAACAGUACCCAGAGCCUCGACAUCAUGCCUCGCUUUGCCAUCUCUGCCGAGGAGGAAGAAGGUAUGGUCUCCAACUUGCGGCGCAUUCGUCUCCGCAGCAACAGCACCGGCACCCGACCAUCAUUCCGCAGAGGCGCGUCCAGACGGAUUGCCCACCAAUUGGAGACCCCAGAAAAAAACAGACCUCCAGCUGGAAAAGUCCCCAAGUCUGCCUCAGUGUCCGGCCUAUCCCUCAUCAUUACCCCAGAUGACUCUGUGGGACCUCCUUCCAGCCCCAAGUCGUCUUUAUCAUUAUCGUCCAACCCCUCAUCUCGAGACUCGUCUCCUAGCCGGGAUCUUUCCAUCAACAUCAGCUGCCUCAGGCCUCCAGUGGUCAUCCACAGCUCUGGGAAGAGGUUUGGCUUCGCUUUGCGAGCAAUCAGAGUCUACAUGGGAGACAGCGACGUCUACACGGUUCACCACAUGGUCUGGUGCGUGGAGGAGGGCAGCCCGGCACACGAGGCAGGUUUGAGAGCUGGUGACCUCAUCACUCAUGUCAACGGAGAAUCUGUGCAGGGCCUCGUCCACACUGAGGUGGUAGAGCUUCUGCUUAAGAGUGGCAACCGCGUAACCCUGCAGACCACCGCUUUAGAGAACACUUCCAUCAAGGUGGGCCCUGCCAGAAAGACGAGCCAUAAGGCCAAGAUGGCUCGACGCAGCAAAAAGAGCAAGAGGAGAGAUGGACAGGACAGCCGGCGCCGUAGCAUCUUGAAGAAGCUGUCUAAACAUACGCCUCCGCAGCCCAUGCAGAGCAGUCGUAGCUUUUCGUCCGGAUUCCACCAGUCAUCCAGCGACAGUCUCUCUGGCUCUCCCACACAGUCUCUCUCUCCUGGCCCCUCAACACCUUGCCGCUCCCCUGCUCCUGACCACUCCGGAGAUUCAAGUUCCUCUCCCUGCUCCAGCUCCCCUAACUCACCAGUACCUCAGGCCCGUCCCAGCUCCCUUCACGUCCUAGGCCGCUAUACCAAGGCCGGUCGCUGCAAGUCCACCAGCAGCAUCCCUCCAUCCCCGCUGGCCUGCAUCCCACCUCCACAGCCUCUGUCUCCUCAGUGCUCUCCCUCCUGCCUUCCCAGCCAUCCCAAGUCCCUGCAGGGUUUUCAUGGUAAAACACUGUCCCCUCCCACUAUCGCCCGCCAUUCUGUGCGGCCUCGCAGUGCGGAGCCGCCACGCUCACCGCUCCUCAAAAGGGUGCAGUCAGCAGAGAGGCUGACUGGGGAUAAAGCAACAGGCGGGUACCACAGUGAUAGGAAAGCCUACAGCACCCGUCGCCAUACCAUGGAGAUGCCGCUGUCUGAGGGUGAGGACGUGGAGGAGGACAGUACUUCUGGGUUUGUAUGUGUUGGUGAACACGGCCGCCAGGGACUGUACGUAGGGGGGCAAAGAGGCCACCAGGACCUUACCGGAGGAGGCAACGAGCACCAUCGCUCGUCCUCACCACAACACCGUGGCGGUAACCAUCACUCCAAAGAGGUGGUCGUGAUGAGGAAGCUGGCUCUGUCAGAGCGCCGGGACUCCUUCAAGAAACAAGAGGCCGUGCAGGAAGUUAGUUUUGACGAUCUGGACGAGAGAGAGGUGACAUCCAGCCCCACCCAGCUACCUGUGACUCAACCCAAGGUGUUCAAGGCGUCCUGGGUCAGCUCGGCCCGGUCGGACUCCAAUCUGAAGCCUGCAGGAAAAGCGUCACAAGAUACGGCGGCACAGCAGAAAGCCAAGUCACAGGAUUAAAGAGAAGUUUUAGGUAAUCACCUGGCGAAGAAAAUAGAAUAACACCGGACUACCACGCCACCUGACAACUGUGAUCAAAAUCCCAUCAUCGCAAGCUUUGAAGAUCAACGUUUCUCAGUAAUAUAAUGCAUCCUUCAACACUGUCAACACAAAGAAAAUAUCCUUUGUUUUAAAUGGUUAUUUAUAUAUACUCACAUGGUUUUUGGUUGCUACCUUGGAUGCGUUGACGGUGGUAGGUGCUGACAAGAGCGGAGUUCAACAUUUGAGUUGGUUUAGGCAUGUACUGCAGUAUAGAAGUUUUAAAAUCACACUGCGCUGCUUCCCUGAUUGCGGCGGUGACCAUGACUGCUAAGUGAGAGCCUCACUGUAACAUGAUCACACUUGGAAGCAAACAUCGGUGCCAAAGCAAGGUUAGCCAUAGAAACCUCACAUAUAAGACAGGUUCCCGUGUACAUAAUGCAUGCGUGUUGGCAAGCGUUUUCGCACUGACGCUCUCCCUGCUGUGCUUGAGCAUUAUUGCACUGUGCUGCUGGUAAUGUCUCACAGCACCUUAAACUACCUGUCGUGUCAGUCGCCGGUUCAUCUCCAGUCAGUUUGGUGUGUUCGCACAAGUCUUGUAGCCUUGUAACACAUUUCAGGACGAUUUCUCUCGACUUGGGUUGGAAAAAAACAACAACUGUACAGUGGAAACAAAAAAAAAUCCAUGCAAAUUUCCUUUGCUGUUGUGUAAUAUGAAUGAAUGUUUACAUUUUACUACAAAUAUGUGUGUGAGUUUGUUAAGUUAUUAAAAAUGAAUGUGAGGGAAUGACAGUUAAACCCUGCCAGAAGGAGAGACCAGAGGUAGUCUCUUUUUGUGUGUGUAUAUUUUCCAUAAGCAAACAGUCUUGUUGCAGUACUACUAACCUACGCUGUUGAUGUAUAUUGUAUAAACAACAAUGGACCUUAACAGCUGUUCAUGGUGUUUUUGAAAGUGACCUUGUAAGGCGAGUGGAGCUCCAAAAUAAGUUUAGCGCAUCUAAACGGCAGGUUCUUAAUCUCCUGUUAAAAUCAACCUCAAAGGAUUGUGCAUGCUUUACAUUCCAGCACAAUAUUCCCACCUUCUUUUUUGCCUGUUUGCAGGAUUUUAUUCAACUCGUGGAAGUAUUCCUUUUAUACAGAAGGAAAAUUGGAUUUGGGAUUUUUUUUUGCAAUUUGGAGUCAAAUACUGUAUAUUUUGCUUUGAGGAUUUAAUCUCAUGUUGUACUCUUGUUAAGCCGUAUGAUAUCACCCAUACCUUAACUUGUAUAAUCACUUUUUCUUUUUUUUAAUGUACAUUUAAUUUGUCAUAUAAAUGAAAGUACAUCACAGAAGAAGCUGCACAACGCCGUUUAGCACCUCACACCCAAAUGCAGCAUUAUCUAAAGCGUACUUUUUGUUGAACACUGUGUGUGUGUGAUACACUCCCACGUUGAUACAGAGCUGUCAUUCAUUGGCUCCACUCUUGUGUGAUUAUGGUGUUGUUCCCCACUCAUUCCCCUGACUGGCCCUUGUGAAGUUCCUACUAUGUGGGUAUCUGGUUUGGACUGGCGUGCCAAUGUAUGUUGUUUUUUUAAUGUCUUAACAGUGCUUGAAAUAAAAUACUCACAAAAAAGGACAAUUAAGUCCAAAUGUGAAA